AUGGCCCAAUUUUCAGUCUCCCCUGAUACCCACACCUUCCCUUUUGCUCUGAAAGCAUGUGCCCACUUAAGGUCCCUUUCACUUGCGAAAUCCCUUCAUUGCCAAGCCCUGAAAGUUGGGUUCUUGGAUGAUGUUUUUGCUUUUAACAACCUUAUUCAUGCUUAUUGUGUAUCUGGUGAUGCAUGUGGUGCUCAUAAUCUGUUUGAUGAAAAUCCUUACAGGGAUUUGGUUUCCUAUAAUGCCAUGAUUGAUGGGUUUGUUAAGGCUGGGUAUGCGAAAAUGAAUCAGUGCAGGGAGGCUAUUCAGCUCUUUGAUCAAAUGCUUUUUUUGGAUGUUAAGCCUGAUAAUACAGCAUUGGUUGCAGUACUUUCAGCUUGUGCACAGCUAGGAGAGUUGGAAAAGGGGAAAACAAUACAUGAAUAUAUCUUGCAAAAUAGAAAUAGAAUUAAUGAAUACUUGAUCACUGGUUUGGUGGACUUCUAUGGUAAAUGUGGGUACAUUGACACUGCAAGGGGUAUAUUUGAAUCCAGUACAAAGAACUUGUGUACCUGGAAUGCGAUGCUAGUUGGAUUGGCCAUGCACGGUCAUGGCAACUUCUUACUUGAUUACUUUGCGCGAAUGGUAGAUAGUGGCGUUAAACCCGACAGGGUGACAUUUCUAGGAGUGUUGGUUGGAUGCAGCCAUGCUGGUCUUGUGAAUGAGGCUAGAAAACUUUUUGCGGAGAUGGAAGCUGUUUAUGGUGUUCCCAGAGAAUUGAAGCAUUAUGGUUGCAUGGCGGAUUUGCUUGGACGUGCAGGCUUGAUUAAAGAAGCGGUGGAGAUGAUAGAGACAAUGCCCAUGCAGGGAGAUGUUUAUGUAUGGGGUGGUUUGCUUGGAGGUUGUCGGAUGCAUGGUGACAUUGAGGCUGCAGAGAAAGCCGCUUCGCAAUUGGUGGCAGUAAAGCCGGAAGAUGGAGGGGUAUAUUCAGUCUUGGCUAAUCUUUAUGCAAAUGCAGAGAGAUGGGAUGAUUUGGUGAAGAUGAGGUCUUUACGAGAAGGUGGUCAGAUUCGUAGAAAUGCAGGGUGUAGUUUGAUUCAAUUGAAUGGGGAAACGCAUGAAUUUGUUGCGGGGGAUGAUCUGCAUCCUCUGAUUCAGGAUAUAUAUACAAUUUUGAAUGUACUUGAGCAACAUAAACUUGAAGCUCUUUGUUAG